GUCCCAGAAGAUCAUGCAUGGGUAUCAUCAUUCCACAGACUCAUCACCACACAUUUGCUCUGCCUACAUUUCUACCACAAACUCUUGCUCUCUCCUUCAUUCCUCUCCGGCCAAAUUAGCAGCAGAAGCCCUACUAUGGAGCUGUUGACCCCCUCUGCUUGUUAUUCAAGUGUUGAUCACUUUAGGUCAGCUCCACCAGGGAAUGCUCCUGGCACCAUAACGGUGGUUGUCCCUUCAAACAAUGCCACCGCCCAGGAGGAAAAGAAGACAUACCCAAGAAAGAAUGAAGCUCUGGGGGCAGUGCAGAUUAUCAUAGCUUUGAUACAUGUUGCUCUUGGAAUCAUUUUACUCUUUUCUGCUAAAGAAUUUUCCCCCUUGGCUAUGAACAUCUACUAUCCCUUCUGGGGAGGAGGGCUUUUCCUCUGUUCAGGAAUCCUUGCAUCGCUAGCUGCAACAAAUCCUAUUGAAGGUCUGGCAGCAGCCAGUCGUGUGCUUAACACCUUCAGCGGCCUUGGUGCAUUAGCUGGAACAAUUAUUUUGAUCCUAGAUUUGAGGAAAAGGUCGUUGUUACCCAUCACUUUAGCCUGCAGAAGAAUCUCUAACUUGGCGUAUUACUGCAAGGUCAUCAAGGCAUAUGAAAGCGGGAUCGUGUACAUGAUGCUCUCCUUCACUCUCCUCGAGAUGUGGACGGCAUCUUCAACUCUCAUACAUUCGGAUAAAAAGAAAGCCAAAUCACACAAAGACAAUGAAGAACAAAAUGUUGUCUUGCUGCCUACCCCACAGCCGUGCCCUGCAAAUGCAUUUACUGACCUACCACCAUAUGUCCAUACAGAAUAAAGCAGAACUCAGCCUGAUCCAUAUCCUCAGCGUAACGACAUACAUAGCAGUGGCGACAGCAAGUCCCUCAACCUGUAAGCCUGCCCUUGCAGCUCAAAUCAGCGAGUCACAUGCUGGUUCAGUCCCUCCCCUGCUUCGAGUCAGUUCCAUGGUCAACUUCUGCCCAGUUCAAAAUGAGCCGUGCUAAAAAUGUGCAGAAGCAAGUUUUUCUUGGCCAGAAAAUGUACGUUUGCUUUAUGAGGCAAUCUGUCCCUGUUGCACUUUAAAUGUUUGUCUUCAUCCUCAGACCUCCUUCUCAGGACCAGACCACUCACUAUUACAGAGAUGCAUCUGUGCUCACUUGGAAAUAUUAGAAAUAGCAAGUGUAGAGGCUGCCAACAGAUACAGGGACCACAGUGCAGAGAAAGAGGGGAUAACUAUUCCCUCAUCAGAAUCAUCCCUGAAGCCGUCUGCUGCAGCAGCAAAAACUUGACAUCACCUGACCCUCUUUCCUCCCUUCCCCAUGCUGUUAAUAAAAUUUUAAAGCGAGUGAGAGAUGCAUUAAAAUGUGCAGUAAUGUCCCUAUUUACUAUCACCUCCACCUCUUACCUGCAGCCAACCAGUAUUGGCUUGUUCCUGUUUGUAUCUGUGUACGAACCAAUUUGCUAUCACAAGUCCUGAAGGUGACAAAUACAAAGAAGAGCAUCCCCCAAAUCGCAUGAAAACCAUGGAAAAAGCUAAUGGGACCUGUAGCAAGGGAGUAAAAUGCAUGCUACCAGCAUUAGACUAUAACAGUGCAAUAUAUCUUACAAUGAGACUUUAAAAUGCAUGUGCGAUAGCCAUAAGUCACUUUUAAACACUGCACAUACACACUAGAUCCCAAUUGUAGACCGGCUCUGACAUGUUAAGAUCUUCAUAGCAUAUCCUGUUUCAUUACUUCAUCAGAAACACCAAUAGAAAUUUUCUCAUGGAAGACAGCUGAAAAUAACCCUCUGGCUACUUGCAUCCUGUAUUUAGCAGCGGGUUGAACCCAAUGGAUUUUCUGGCCCUUUCCAACUCUACUAUUCCAUGAUUUUAUGAAUAUCCCUUCCAAAGACUUGUUAUCUGAUGGAAACAAUCCAGAACAUUUUAGCCAGACAAAUUCUGCAAAAGGGAAGUUUUAAUUCAAAAAGCCAAUAAACAAAGAUAUGGAAAUCUCAACAACCAACCAACCAACCAACAAACAAAACAGCAGCAGCCUGGAACAUUAUUUUUAGCUUCCUUUCUUGGGAAAUUUCCAUAGGUGGUUCUGAUGCAGUAAUGAAACAGGAUAUAAUCUGGAGAUCCCAUAAUUUCAUCCCCUGCCCACAUCUGGGAAUAAGCAUAUAGGAAAAUAAUUUUAUAUAAUACUAACUUUGAUAAUUUUCUAUGCAUUCCAUGGACUUUGCUUAUGGUUUGCUUCCUAAGAACAAUCCAGAGCAAGGACUAGAAACAGCUGUUUCAAACAGACACAUUCACUGUUUUAAGGUUUUUUAAAUUUUGACUUUUAUAACACAUUUAAAGAUAAAUGUAAAACCUCCGUAAUAUCCUCCAAAACAGGAUUCUGUUCCCUGCCUCCACGCAACUCUCUCACAAUGAAAUAAAUAUCAAGCCUUCCUGUGCC